GCAGGGCUUUUGCGGCUGCAUUGCAGGAUACACAGCGGUGACACUACCAUCGACAGCGAGCACAACACCGCCGAACCUUCGUGAUAUGUACCUCCCCUGGUCUCGUGCUACCUCUCUUGGCUUCGUUCGUUUCUUAGUGACUUCAAGUACUAACUAUCAUCUGCACAGUAAAAUUCCGGCAAAUACAUAAUGGCUGACGCAGCACGCGGACGUGGUGGAUUCGGACGUGGAAGAGGCGACAGAGGCAGAGGACGUCGCGGUCCUCGCAGAGGAGGCCGCAAGGAUGAGGAAAAGGAGUGGGCUCCCGUUACUAAACUCGGACGUCUGGUGAAAGACGGUAAAAUCAAAUCUAUGGAAGAGAUCUACCUCUUUUCCCUCCCCGUUAAGGAAUACCAGAUUGUCGACUUUUUCCUGCCCAAACUCAAGGAUGAGGUUAUGAAGAUCAUGCCCGUGCAGAAGCAGACCCGUGCCGGUCAGCGUACCCGCUUCAAGGCCUUUGUUGCCAUCGGUGACUCUGACGGACAUGUCGGAUUGGGUGUGAAGUGCGCGAAAGAAGUUGCAACUGCCAUCCGGGGCGCUAUCAUCCUUGCUAAACUCUCUGUCAUUCCCGUGCGAAGAGGUUACUGGGGUGCAGCCCUUGGUGAGCCCCACACUGUGCCAUCAAAGGUCAGCGGAAAGGUCGGCUCCGUUAUGUGCCGACUGAUCCCUGCUCCUCGUGGUACUGGUAUUGUUGCUGCUCCUGCAUCAAAGCGUCUACUUCAGCUUGCUGGUGUUGAGGAUUGCUACACGCAGUCGAAGGGCUCGACUGCAACAAUGGGUAAUUUCUUGAAGGCCACAUUUGCUGCUAUUACGAAAACUUACGCGUUCCUUACUCCUGACCUAUGGCGCGAGAUUCCUGUAUCAAAAGUGCCUUAUGACGAGCACAGUGCUCACCUACAGCUUACAGCUGGCAAGAAGGCGUACUAGUUGUAGGUCUGGCACGGUUUCUAUCAUGUAUUCCUGAAAAAUCAUAUGCCCAUGCAUGUUUUCCAUAAACACCGCCGAUGAUAAUCUCAUGCGAUGUUCGGCUAUUGGCUGCUUAUGUAAUUCAAAAUUGUACCAAAAGAAACCCUGAACAGAAUUUUGUGACCG